CUUUUCAGUGAGAAGAUCAGUGGAGCAGAAGGGACCAAACUUGAUGAAGACUUUCAAGAGAUGGAGAAGAAAAUUGACGUCACUGGCAAGGCAGUUGCAGAACUCUUAUCCAGAGCUACAGAAUAUCUCCAGCCUAACCCAGCCUACAGAGCUAAGCUAGGAAUGCUGAACACUGUCUCCAAGAUCCGAGGGCAAGUGAAGGCCACAGGAUACCCACAGACCGAAGGAUUACUUGGGGACUGUAUGCUCCGCUAUGGGAGAGAAUUGAGAGAAGACUCCACCUUUGGCGCUGCGCUGAUCGAUGUGGGAGAAAGUAUGAAGCAGAUGGCAGAAGUGAAAGACUCCCUGGAUAUCACCAUCAAGCAGAAUUUUAUUGACCCUCUGCAGCUACUGCAGGAAAAGGACUUAAAGGAGAUUGGACACCAUCUAAAAAAAUUAGAAGGCCGGCGUCUAGAUUACGAUUACAAAAGGAAGCGCCUCGGGAGGAUUCCAGAUGAGGAAGUGAAGCAGGCCAUCGAGAAGUUUGAAGAAUCCAAAGAGUUGGCAGAACGGAGCAUGUUCAACUUGUUGGAAAAUGAUAUAGAGCAAGUGAGCCAGCUAUUAGUCUUAGUAGAAGCUGCACUGGAUUACCAUAAGCAGUCUGCGGACAUUUUGGAGGAUCUGCAGAGAAAACUACAAAAUAG